UUCGUUGUGAACAGUCGUGCUACCGUCGGAAAAGUUUACAAGAAAUUGUGAAAAGAUUGUGCCGAAGCUCAUAUAUCUACGUUUUAAUCGUAUCUUCAACUAUAAGAAAGUGAAGAAUAUUGCAGUGAUAUAGUUUCCGAUGAUAUGAUAAAGUCUUUGCAAAUAAAUUAAUAAUACUACAAAGCUGUGUGUAAAAUCGAGUCCUAACAAUUUUGGAUUACGCGCUCCCUUCUAAGGUCUUGGAUUUUCGUUGUUGCGACUAUGGCCAACACCCACCCGGAAAAUCUUUUCAUGCACCUAAGCGCAUUGGAAUUAGCAGCAAUUAUAAUGAAAGAUUCACCCAAUUCCAACGACCGUGAUGCGGGUUUUUGUUCCGCCAGUUCGGAAAGCGAAGGCGGAGAAGAUCUAGCCCUCGAGCAUGCGCUCAGUGGUAAUCCCGACAUUGAAUCAAAAGGAACAGACGACUCGGCGGACUCUAAGCCCAUAGCACUUGUACGUAACAAGCGCAAGAGUACGGAACCCUCCAAAGUCGUGGGCUUGGCGACACCCACGACUAGUGCGUUGCAUGUUCCUUCGUCCAAUGCGAGUAUGAAUGCAACGGGUCCCUUAAAAAAACGUAUACGCUACACCUCUUCUGCCGAUUCAGGGGUUGUGUUGUCACCUCCAGUCAUAGACUCUCCACCACCCAACAGUUCUUCGACUUCAACGUCAAGGCUGGUGCAAGAAAAUAUGCCGAAUCCAGCUCACAUAUUUGUCCGGCAUCCAGGAGUCACUACUCUCCACAGACCGUUUGCCGCCCAUCCCGAACAGCUGGAACCACUCGAGUUGGUAACGAACAAGAAGCAAUGCGUCGACAAUGCGGCGCUGAAAACGGAUAAUUACUCUUCUUUGAAUGGAAAGCACCAGACUGCCAAAAAGUUGUUGCAGAAAAAGGCUUUGAAGGUACCAACUUCAUCUGCUUUUCUAGACGUCAGUCUUAGCGAUGAGGAUCUGAGCAGGGCGGUAUUGGCACCUGAAAUGUCUAUAUCGCGACCUCAACAACAACAGCGCAAUUACAAGAAUAUGACAAGGGAGCGCCGCAUCGAGGCAAACGCUCGUGAGCGGACCCGCGUGCACACCAUAUCCGCAGCCUACGAGACCCUCCGCCAAGCCGUUCCAGCUUACGCCAGCACACAAAAACUAUCCAAGCUCUCCGUGCUGCGAGUAGCCUGUUCCUAUAUACUGACGUUGAGCAGAAUGGCUGGCGAGGACUACAGCGCCGAUCAGUCGGAGCCGUCUAUUGCCGAGUGCUUGAAGGCCGUGACAUCUACAAUUCAAACGGAAGGAAAGGUAAAACGGAAGAAAGACGAGUGAUCUGUCCAGUUUAGUCGACAGAUACACUUUAAGACUUUUAACGCGACUGAUUACUGCUACUGUUAUAAAUCAUCAAAUCAAGUGUGCUAAGCCUAGGCUAAUCCUGCAUACAGCAUUCCUAUUCACACGCUAUGAGUCUUAAGAAUGGUUAAGGCCACAAGUGGCCAAAUAGCUUUAAAAGUUUUCAAGGCUUUGCUUAGUUAUAAUGUGCGAUACAUUCUUUUUGAGUAUGCGUUCAUAUAUAAAUAAAUUGAUAUUUUUAGAAUUAAGUACCAGCGAUGUGAUCCUAAUUUAAAAUCGCUUUGUGCUGAAACAUGUUAGGCAGUACAAAUAGUCAAAACCAACACAUUUAAAAGACAUGAAUAUACAUUAAAUGACAAUAAUGUUAGCUUUUUAUAUAUGUCUGAAAAUGUUUCAAAAAGAUUUUUAUUAUAAACAGGACUCCUAUUUUAAUACUAAAACAUUAAACAAUCAUAAAAUUAUAAGAGGAACUUUGCCAAAAUGGAUACAUUUUAAUAUGCCUUAGGAUUUGAUUAAAACAAAUAUAUAUUUUUACAUAUACCUCUUAAAUAAGAACCUUUUUACAAAACUAUACAAAGUUUUGCACAAGCAAUAAAGAAAAACUUGUUAUACUUUCUUACCCGUUUGCAUAUUUACGAGGGAAAUACUGUUAAUUUAGUUAUUUUUUAAAAUUCCCAUGAUGAGGAUGGAUUAGUUUGGUCUAUCCAAGAAACUGAAUUGAAAACCUGAAAACUUCGGUAUGUGUAUAUAGUACUUUUACUCAAUAACUGUAAUCUCAGUGUUUUAUAUAAAUACAUAUUUGUAAAUUAAGUUAGUACAAAAGAACACCUACUUUCAUUGGUUAAUUUUAUAGAUUUUAGUGAGCAAUUAAUGCAACAAAAAAAUGUUAUUUUUGAGGUUAUAAACUUUCUGUAUAAAUUACCCAUAACAAUUAAUUAUUUAAUCAAAGGCAUCAAUUCGCAUAUGUGAUGAACUUUGAUGCAGAUUCACAGAGCUUAAAACGCAUUUUCUAACAAAUUCCUUUUGGUAUGCCUUAAAUGCACCAGGGCAUAUAUUAUAAGCGGGUGAGAGUAGAUCCUUCAAAUUUGUGUACAAAUUUGGACCAUCUUAAUGUUGAUAUUCUUACGCAUAAGUGCCAUAAAAGCAGAAAAUAUACAAAUC